UUGGAGAGCGGCUGUCCGGGAGGCCGGAGUUCCUUCAUGGUUGCCCGGGCUUGCCUGGGUCCUUUGCUUCAGAUAAAAUUUUAAGUGCCUCCCAUUAUGCCAAGAAGGGCCAGGUUUUGGAUGACUUCAAUUACCAAUAGAGACUGCUGUCCUAGGGACAAGAUAGAGGCACAUGAAUAGAAGACGGAAAUUCCUUUUUGCCUCAGUACUUGCUCUCCAGAAUUCGAGUUUUAUAUAUCCAUCAUGUCAAAGGUGCUUCUCCAGGAUAUUCCUUGAGUCCAAAAGGUUUACUUGUCCCAAGUGUGGCUGUACCGGUGAUGCUGAGAGUGCCAACUACAGAUAUAGACUGUCCUUGAAAGUGGCAGAGUCCAACACGUUAUUUGUCAUUACUGUGUUUGGGAGCUGCUUAGAUACUUAUUUUGGACUCACUGCUACUGGUUUACACAGGUACCUUAAGGAUUCUAGUAAAAUCCCAGAAACCCUGGACAGUGGUAGAACUCAGAGCCUGUUGACCACAGCAGUAGAAAAGUGUUUUGUUGGACAAAGCUUUGUGUUUGGAGUAACGAACUUUGGAGAUGUAUGUGGACACCAUUCCAAUUGCAGUAACUUCCAGCAGCCUUGCUGUAAGCACAGAGGAGAAGUCAGGACACUCGUAGCCUCCCAGAUCGUCCUGCCUGACCCGCGUGUUACAGGCUUCACUGUCAUUGACUAUUUACAUCCGCUUUUACACAGGAAACAUCACUGUGACUCUCAGGACCAUAGCAGCCAGUCACUCACUUCAGAUCACUCAGACAGCGAGUUCAACAGCAUACAGGGCUCUGGGAAUACAUCCUGGGUUUUGGAGUCUAGCAGAGAGGACUUUUUCAGAUUCUGGCAGCCAUCUCUUGAGCUGACGUCUACUGAUUCACACAUAACAUCUAAUGAUGACUUCCCACCUUCAGAACAGCUCGUGGCCAGUGGUACUCCUACCCAAAACGGACACUGCGUCUCCUUCUCUGAGGUCACUAGUUCUAACAACUGCCACGAUUCCCUCCAGAGUUUAUGGAGCUUUGUUUCUUGUAUGGACAAGAAUAAUACAACAGGAAAGUUGGGUGAAGAAUUAGGUUUACUGAGUCCAAUUUGCAGCAGUUGUCAUGAAAGUAGACUGACUGACUCUAAUUUUUUCCCUUCACAAAUGCAAAAACCCUUUAAGGAACAUAAUUUAGAAUGCUAUAGUAAAGCAGAAAAAAAUGAUUACUCCCAGUAUGAUAUCCCAUGUUACCAGCAUCGUGAAGUAAAUACCACCAUUCUUCAACAGGGAUCUUCUGCAUUUUCAUUGUCAUCACUGAAACCCGAAGAAACAGCGAGUGCUUCCCAGAAGUCUGACUCCUUGAUUUGGGAUGAUAUACCAUUCUCUGAAAGCCUGAACAAGUUUCUAGCAGUUGUUGAAAGUGAGAUUGCUGUAGCUGAGAUAGAUACUCAGAAUAGAAAGCAGGGUACAGAUAACAGCACUGAUAAAUGCCACAAAAACUACAGCAGAUUAUCAUUGACUCCUCUGAGAGAUACUAGAGCCUUAAAUACGCCGCCUUUCGGCUUAAGGUCAUCACAAGCAAUGAGAGAAAACUCAAGGAGAGAGGCCUUCUUUUAUAACAGUAAGUCUAGUUCAAGUUCUCAAAUCCAAAGAGAAUCACAUCCAGACAAGGCAGCAGCGGCUGUCUCUAUAGGCAGUAAUAGGAGCGAUAUCUCCAAGGAUUUUCUACCAGAUACUUGUUCAUCAGCUCUGUUUACAUCUUCAGAUGACAUGGAAGCCUCCAUUAGCCAAAAGAGGACUAGUGGGGUCCUGCAACAAAGGAAUGAAAUUUCGUGCAGGCUCAGAACCUCAAUAAGUGACUGUUCUGAUCUCAGUAACAGCUGUUUUACUGGAUGUGAAGAAAAAUCGCAUUCAGGAACAAAAGAAAAAUUGGCAAUACAAAACUGUUCUAAAAAAUACAAUGAUGUUUCUGAUCUUCACAAAUUAGAAAAUAAGCGGAGUUAUAGAUGGCCGGAAAAGCAAGAUGACAAUUUCACAAUUAGCCGGAAACUCACAUAUCCUUUAGAGACCUUUCGCGGGAGCCCAAAAAGCAUAUCAAAAGAAAAGCCUUAUAGGCCUAGCAAUAAUAACUUAACACAAAGUUCUUCUGCUGAUCAUGAAGGCAGCUACAAUGCUUCUGCUGAUCUUUUUGAUGAUUUUGCUAAAGAUAAGGACACUGAAACAGAAAUUACCAAACUACCGCAAGAUAUUUUGUUACCACUGGAAGCAUCUUGCACAGAAAAUUAUCCUAUAAAUGAGAACUGCAACCAUCCUUCACAAAAACUCUCCUUGCAAAGCAUAUCACCCUCAGAGUAUCAAAGACCAAGCUCUCAGUCAGACUCAGAAUGUGAUUUUGAAGAAAGCCAAGAAGACUUUGUUCCAUGUUCACAGUCAACUCCAGUUGCAGGCUUCCACCAAAGAAUUCAUGGCUUAAAUGGUGCUUCCAAAAUACUGCCUUCCUUCUAUUCACAUCUUAAUGCUAAUUAUAAAAACACAAACAUUUCUCCUCUAACUGGCAAAUGUCAAGCCACCCCAACCUGCCCAAAGAAUGUAAAAACAUCUACGCAGAAGCUCAACCACUGCCCUGCUGCUGAGUGCCUUGAAAAUGAUAUGGAUGAAUGGGUCCCCCCUACUACUAAAAAAGUAUUUAUUUCAGAUGUUUGUGGAUUGAGAGUCACGUGUUUAAGAAAAUGCCUUGCUGUCCAUUAUUCCCCUGACCAAAAAGAGUUACCAAGGAAGAAACUGAUAAAAGUCACACAUAAAACCAACAAAUAAUUAAGAAGUUAAAGACUAUAUUUUGUACCAAUAAUUACAAAACCAAAAGUGUCUUAAGUGUGAUUGUAAAUGAUCAGGCUGAAAGUAGGAAAAGUCCAUUUGGGGAUGGCCUUUCAGGAGUCAAGUGGAAGUCAUCUUCCCUUUUCAUAAUACUUCAGUGUCUGAUAAAAAAAGUACUUGGUUUACUCAAAGUAUUUCCAUAUAAAGUCAUAGGAAUCCAGUUCCCAGAAAUUUUAAGCAAUGGCAAAUCUAUUUGGAAAUUUUUGCUUUCACUGAUACAGAGAGCAGUCUAUAUUUUGAACACUUACAGAAAGUCAUUAAUAGAAAAUGGACUGUACUGUGUGCUGUUGGAUCUUUCAAGAUUUUCACCAUGGCUUUUUUUUUCCUCCAGAAUACUGUAAUUUAGAUAACUGAGCACUUUUCCUUACAUUGACUGUAUUAAUAUGUUGGUUUUGUAUAUUUAAAAGUAUUUGUUAAAAUAUAGACAUACAGAAAUAAAGUCUUUACAAAUUAAAA